UGCUGCAGAUGGUGUGCGGAUCAGGGGAGUCCGCGAAGCAGGCACCUCUUGAGAAGAAGUCCAAAAAAGUUUUCAUAUUUUUCCGCGUUAAAGCUAACGUCUUUUAACGCAACAAAAUAAUUGUGUUUUUUUAGUCAAGCGCCACAUUUUGCCGGGCACAUUUGAAACUCGUUACAGAAUUGUUUGGUCUACCAGUUCUGCUCUAGUCUUUCUUAGCUGUGCGGGGAAGCACAGAAAAACUUGGUUGGCAAAGCAGGACCGCUGAACAUCGGGACCAAAUUCUGGACAUUUGGAUUUACAUCGGAGUGGGAAAAUGCAUUGGAUUCCCAUUUUGGAUAUCGUGGCGUUUUUUCUUAUGGUUUUCCACAGUCACCUGGGGCUCGCGCAUGCUUUUGGGGACGAUGAAGAAAUGACCUGCGACCCGAUCAGGAUAUCCAUGUGUCAGGAUUUAGGAUACAAUGUUACAAAGAUGCCCAAUCUUGUCGGGAAUGUGCUACAGUCGGACGCAGAGCUACAAUUAACAACUUUUACCCCGCUUAUCCAGUAUGGGUGUUCCAGUCAGCUAAAGUUCUUCCUGUGCUCGGUGUAUGUCCCCAUGUGCACAGACAAGGUCCCCAUUCCCAUUGGCCCCUGCGGGAGCAUGUGCCUGUCCGUCAAGCGGAAGUGCCUCCCUGUCCUGACGGAGUUCGGCUUCGUGUGGCCCGAGGUGCUGAACUGCAGCCUGUUCCCCCCUCAGAACGACCAGAACCACAUGUGCAUGGAGGGGCCCGGGGACGACGACGCGGCCUACCACACCAUCCGCACCCUGCCGCUGCAGCCCAUGGAGGAGGAGUGCCACACGCUGGGCUCCGGGCCGGAUCAGUACGCCUGGGUGAAGCGCAGCCUCAGCUGCGUGCUGCAGUGCGGCUACGACGCCGGCCUGUACCGCCGGCAGGCCAAGGUCUUCACCGACAUCUGGAUGGCGGCCUGGGCCGUGCUGUGCUUCAUCUCCACCACCUUCACCGUGCUCACCUUCCUCAUCGACUCCUCGCGCUUCUCCUACCCCGAGCGGCCCAUCAUCUUCCUCAGCAUGUGCUACAACAUCUACAGCAUCGCCUUCAUCGUGCGGCUGACGGUGGGCCGAGAGCGCAUCUCCUGCGACCUGGAGGAGGCGGCCGUGCCCGUGCUGAUCCAGGAGGGGCUGAAGAACACGGGCUGCGCCAUCGUCUUCCUCCUCAUGUACUUCUUCGGCAUGGCCAGCUCCAUCUGGUGGGUGAUCCUCACGCUCACCUGGUUCCUGGCGGCGGGGCUGAAGUGGGGUCACGAGGCCAUCGAGAUGCACAGCUCCUACUUCCACAUCGCCGCCUGGGCCAUCCCGGCCGUCAAAACCAUCGUCAUCCUCAUCAUGCGGCUGGUGGACGCAGACGACCUGACGGGGCUGUGCUACGUGGGCAACCAGCACAUGGACGCCCUGACGGGCUUCGUGGUGGCCCCGCUCUUCACCUACCUGGUGAUCGGGACCCUGUUCAUCGCCGCCGGCCUGGUGGCGCUCUUCAAGAUCCGCUCCAACCUGCAGAAGGACGGCACCAAGACGGACAAGCUGGAACGGCUGAUGGUGAAGAUCGGGGUCUUCUCCGUGCUCUACACCGUGCCGGCCACCUGCGUCAUCGCCUGCUACUUCUACCAGAUCUCCAACUGGGGCGACUUCAAGCAGUCGGCCCGGGACUCGUACCUGGCGGUGGAGAUGCUGAAGAUCUUCAUGUCCCUGCUGGUGGGCAUCACCUCCGGGAUGUGGAUCUGGUCAGCCAAGACGCUGCACACGUGGCAGAAGUGCUCCAACCGGCUGGUGGCUUCCAGCAGGACAAAGAGGGAGAAAAGGACGGACAGCUGGAUUAAGCCGGUGAAGGGAAACGAGACGGUGGUUUGAGGUGUGGCGGGGAGGAACUGAGGAGUUCGGGUGGGAGGUUUCCCGACGCUGGCGGUGUGGCGGGGCAGAGCAGCUUUUCAGAAACAUUUCUCCCCGACCUGAGCGUGGGUAGGCCGGGCCACGGACAGAGCUGUGGAGCUGGGUGGACACCAGGCCCUGGAGGAAGUAGGUUAGAGACUCUGGUUUAGAGGGGAUGCCACGGCCAUAUUGUGUGGGGUGUGGCCUGCAGUUACUGACAGUGCCUUACCGAGAAGGGCUAUGGUGGACAGUGAGCGACUCUGGCCCGCCGCGGCCCUCCCGGGAUGGGUCUGUGGCCGGCCUGGAGCCACUGGUGUACGGGUGAGUGGGGCACAGCCAGGUCAGCCCCUCAGUAGCCACCAGCAGUGGAACUUCAUUUAUGUAGCAGUCUCCCUAUACCAAUCUUAUGCAUUUCUGAAGUAUUUGUUUUUUUAAAGUAACUUUACACUGGACGAUUGUAGUGCGGAUGUUACAUAGAUCGAUGCGUGGCGUGCAGCCACAUUGAAAAGAAUGCACUAUGAAGAGAUUAUUUAGGAGUGCUUGUGUUGUGCCUUAGGGCUGGGGAUGGCCUGGGUCAAUGAGAGAUUGGUGCUGCUUAUUAAACUGUGGUAUUUCUGAGCUGCGCGGCAGCUUUGUGCAAGACCUCUCAGAGGAGCUUGGGAAACCUCGGCUAGCUUUGGUUUCUACUCCUUAAUACAUAGAACGGGUUACUGGUGAUUAAAAUAAGAGCAUUUGUGGUCGUAAGUGGAGGGUUUCAUGCCUGUUUCUGUAGUGGUUUUGGGAAAUAUCCACUAGACACUCUUAAGCUUUGAAGUUAUUAAUCAAAUACCUUGGCCAUAAAUGAAUUGUUUUUUAGAAAUCUAAUGCAUUUUUUAUCCAAAUUUUUUUAUUUAGAAAUUCUAGUUUUGUUUAGAAAAGUUAAUCUUAUCAGGCACAGUUAAAAAAAAAAAAAUAUAUAUAUAUAUAUGACCCUCCUCCCCAUGAGUCCUACCUCACCCACACACGCGUGCACACACACACACACAUGUGCACACGCACACACACACACACAGACAUGUGUGCACCCACGCACACACACACACUGGCCAUCACAUGAGCAGAGUUGUGCGUGGUUCUAAACAAGCAGUUUGUCAUGAUCCAUCAGAGCUUCCUGAUUUUCCUCAGUGGUAUUUUAAUCACUUAGGAUGUCACUCUAGAGUACAGACUGUGUAUUGUAUAACACAAAAUAAAUAAAGAACAACCAUUCUCUGUAAAAGAAAACAAUUGACAAAAAUUACAAAAUAAAUAAGCUCUUUCUAGGACUCAUGGUUUUUUCAGGUCAGGAAGGUAAGGUAUUGUUUUGAGGCCUUCUCUCUGUCCUUUGAAUGUAUGACUUUCAGAAGAAAUCUAUUUUUUCAUCAACUUUAAGGUGCCAGAGUAGAAUAAACUGUAGAUUCUAAAAACUCCUGUCCCAGGAUUCCAGAAAGUACUUUAAAACCUUUUGUGAAAGAACUGGUGUUUUGUUGUAAAUGUAUCAUAAAGUGCUAAUUUAUCUUUGUAAAAAUUCAACUCAAAAAUAUGUUUGUUAUUUAAGAUUGCUUUUGUAUCAGAAGAACAGAAAUUAAACUUUUUUUGGUG